UCUUGUUGUGAAAACGAACUGACACUUCAAAACAACGGUGACAAAUGAUCUAGCCAGGUUGUCAUUUUGAGAUAUAACCACAGUCAGAGCACAGAAGCAAUAAUUAGUUUAAAACAACAAGAAGUUGUUAUUCAGUGUUAUUCAAUGGAACAACUGAAUGGUCAUCAGGGCGAAAAUGAAUCCCUAGACACAGAGGACGAGGACGAAGCGGUUCAGCCUCCACUGAAGCAGUCGCGUUCAAAGAAUGACAUUUGUAAUAAUUUUAGAGUAGACAGUUGUGGCAAAACGGAGGCCACUAGCACAACUACGGGUGGGGGAAGUGUAAUCGAUGAACGACGCACAUCAAACUCCACAUGCAGGCAGAGGCUUGACUCGCUGAGAAAGAACAGACCACCGUUCCCCUGGUUCGGGAUGGACAUUGGUGGCACGCUGGUGAAGCUGGUCUACUUUGAACCCAAAGACAUCACGGCUGAGGAGGAGCAGGAGGAGGUUGAAAAUCUAAAAAGCAUCCGGCGUUACCUAACCUCCAACACGGCCUACGGUAAGACAGGCAUCAGGGAUGUUCACCUGGAGCUGAAGGACCUGACCCUGUGUGGUCGCACCGGGAACCUCCACUUCAUCCGUUUUCCCACCCAGGACCUACCGGCAUUCCUUCAGAUGGCGCGCAACAAACAUUUCUCCAGCCUACACACCACCCUCUGUGCCACCGGGGGAGGGGCCUAUAAGUUUGAGUCCGACUUUCGCCAGAUGGCUGACCUGCAGCUGCUGAAGCUAGAUGAGCUGGACUGUCUGAUUAGCGGUGUCCUCUACAUAGACUCAGCAGUGUCCAGUCCUUCUGAGUGCUACUACUACGAGAACCCUACAGACCCUGAGCACUGUGUCCAGAAACCCUUCACUCUGGAGAACCCCUAUCCACUCUUACUGGUCAACAUUGGCUCUGGUGUCAGCAUACUCGCCGUCUACUCCAAAAACAACUACAAACGAGUUACUGGGACCAGUCUAGGUGGCGGGACCUUCCUGGGGCUGUGCUGCCUUCUGACAGGCUGCUCCAGCUUCGAGGAGGCUCUCCAGAUGGCCUCACAGGGUGAGAGCACGCGAGUAGACAAGCUGGUACGGGAUAUCUACGGAGGGGACUAUGAACGUUUUGGCCUGCCCGGCUGGGCUGUAGCCUCCAGUUUUGGGAACAUGAUGUGUAAAGAAAAGAGGGAGUCCAUCUCUAAAGAGGACCUUGCCAGAGCCACCCUGGUCUCCAUCACCAAUAACAUCGGCUCCAUCACCAGGAUGGUUGCACUCAACGAGAACAUUGAGAGGGUGGUGUUUGUGGGGAACUUCCUGAGGGUGAACACCUUGUCCAUGAAGCUGUUGUCCUAUGCCAUGGACUACUGGUCACACGGCCAGCUGAAAGCCCUCUUCCUCAGACACGAGGGUUACUUCGGAGCAGUUGGAGCUUUGUUGGAGCUCCUGAAUCCAUCCUGAUGGCUGUGGUGGUCCUGAAGGUCCAACUUGCACCUGAAAACAGAGUCAGAAUAGCACUUAAAGACUUUUGCUCUAAACCAAAGACCGCCCUAUAAGACUGCCAUUGUUUAGGUAUUGGUUCCCCUCACUGCUCAGCACUUUCAUGUACAGGUAAAUAGGCUUGCAGAUUGUAUUUGGUGAUAGGAAUGUCAAAUCCCUCCAGGAUCAUCUUCACCCCUGUUGCCUUGUCAGCUGUUGGCUUGCUGUUUGAAGAUGCUUUAGCCUUAUAAUGAACCAUCCAAAGAGAGGGAAUGUAGAUGGCCUAGUCCUGGACAAAAAAUAUAUUUCAGUGGAGAUUCUUCAUUGAGCAUUUUAGUCCAGGUCCAGGUGUAACUUGUGGUCCAGGAUGCUAGCACAAGGCCAUUUUUAGAAUUCGAUGGCUAAACUCUAAUGGAAACCACUAUAGCAGGGUCAAAGGCCACGGCCAAAGGUCCUGGGACAGGGCUGUUUGCAUUUUCCUGGAAUUAACUGCAGGGUUUAGAUCAGUUGCAAUCCCAGUCAAUUCAGGAAGGGGAUACCAAAAAGCUAGGUAAUUUGUCCAUUUAUACUCAAGUUCCACCCAAGAUUUGUUUUCUGCAUUUCCUCCUAAUUGGAGAGGUGCAAGAAGCUGCCAUGAUGAACCCUGGGAGAGGAAUCUGUGUAAACUGCAUAGAUUGGAGACAGAAGAAAACAUUGUUUUCACCUUGCUGGCUCAGGGAUUCAAUCCAGCAACCUUAUGGUUGCUAGUCAGAUGCUCUAACCAAUAAAUUGUUGAUAAUACUAUUUUACAGUUGUUGUUAAUACUGUAUCUUGUUGUCACUAAUGAAUGUAUAAUGGAAAAACCUACUGACCCUGUUUUAUUCUUCUGCAGCUUUAUUCAUUUACAUAUAGUUCAUUUUUGUCACAGAUGUUUGUCCCCUCUCUCUCUCCUGAAGUGAUAAUCUUCUAAAUUUGAAAUCUCUUAAAGUUUACGCAUUAUUUCUGUAAUUACUUAUCUGUGGUGUGCUUUGGUCCAGGGUUACUGUUUAUAUAUCCUAUUGUGCAGUAGAAUUUAAAGAUAGUAAUUCAUAUUCAACUAGAACAUCUUGGGAAGUGCCUGGUAUGUUCCUGUUCCUAUGUUGUGUAGAAAAAAAAGCUUUUUAGACCCCAGACUUUUCUGACUCUCUUGACCAAGGUCUCCCUCUGUCGGUGACAAGUUCAAUGUGCAAAAUAAACUUCGUAUUUUUUUUAUUACAAAUGUUUUUGUAAUAGAUUUAUUUUGUAUCGCAAAUAAACUGUCAAUAUCGUUA